AUGAUGAUGAUAAGAUGGCACCAUAGUAAAUUGAUUGAACAUGGCACUGGUAACAAGAUAAUGAUAGAAAAAAAAAAACGCAGUAUCCACGACGCUUUCUGUGUGGCACGGAAUUUGAUCUGCAACAAUUCAACUGUAUAUGGUGGUAGUGCAGCUGAGGUUGCCUGCUCUCUUGUUGUUGAUGCAGCUGCUGAUAAAUACCUUGGCGUUGAACAGUAUGCAAUUAGGACGUUUACAGAAGCCUUAGACUUUGUCCCUAUGGCGCUUGUAGAAAACAGUGGGUUGCAGCCCAUCGAGACACUCUCAGCUGAGAACAUUCCGUUCUACGAGAUAGAUUGCAAUGACGUAGGAACGAAUGAUAUGAGGGAGCAUAACGUGUUUGAAACACUGAUCGGGAAGUAA